AUGCCUUCAUGGCGGUGGGUUGCGAUCCUGGCGAUUCUUGUGGCGGCUGAGGGAGGCGGAGGAGGAGGUGGGGGAGGAGGCGGAGGAGCUGACGCACAGAAAGAUGAGCUUCUUGCUGAGCUUCUGAAGCCCUCUGAUGGCGAAGUGUGGAGAAGACAGAGCGUUGAAGUUGAGUUUAGGGCUGGGGGAUUCGGAGGCGGGUUCGGGAUCCUCGAGCUUGAUGGUAGACAGAUCCAUCGCGUCAAGGAAGGACACAUGUCCCUUAUCCUCUCCGAUGAGAAGGUCAUGGCUGACGGCAUACACACGCUGCGCCUGACUCUCUUCGACUCGCUGGGCACUCCCCUGGCAUCUUCCUUCAAUCACACUGAGGUGAGGUUUAUCGAGUAUGCUGGAGCUGAGCUCCUCCAUCCGGCUGAAGCUCCUGCUCUCAGAUUGGACGGGGAGACCGUUGAGGAGAAGGAGUUGACUCCCGCGGAGGGAGCCCCCCGAAGCACGCAGGAGAACGUCUUCAUGGAGCUGCCCGUGAUGCCUGAUGGUCAACACUACCUGGAGGUGACCUUCACGUCCCAAGGGGGAGAGGAGGAGGUGUUCUGUGAGUCAAAUAUUUGGGUCGAGGUGCAAACGCACAACAACGCAGGGAGUUCGUCAGCUGAUGUUGAUGGGCUGAGACUGAGAGACAUCGCGUUCGGUAUCCUUGUAAGGAUCAACUCCUGCUCUUGUUUUGACCUUGAGCCUGUCCCCCUUCGUGACUCGAUGACAAGCAUGCUGGUGAAGGUCUCCUCGGGCCCAUGGACCCUCGCGCGCACUCUCACGUCAUACAAGAAGAGAAACCUGCUGGUGGAGCUGGGGCAGCUGAUCGUGUUUGUCCAAGAGAGAGAUGAGCUGCUGAUGGAGAUUGCUCGGAGAUUCACUCCGCAUGUCUUUGGCUUUCCAAGGAGGAUAGUUGUUCGCUCAGUUGACGUGGAGGUGACGCAGAUUGAAGAAGACUUCGCGCUUGUGGAGGAGCUGGAACGAGCGUCAGCCAUUCUCCGCAGCUCUAUGGCGUUGCUGUCUCAGGACAACACGUCCAUGUCGGAGGGUCAAGUCCGUGCAGUCAGACUUCGGCAUCGCAAGAUGCCCGGGGAGCCUCUCUGGGUAGAGAGGUCCCACUACUCUGCAGGACGGCACCUCGUCGGAGACGUGGACCUGACGCACCUGCUGCACUACCUCCACUUUUCUAAUGACAUCGAGAUCCGGUUCCCUGGGAGAGUCAAGGAUUGCUCUCCGACAGGCUCUGCUGAUCAACACGUCAAGUUCUACUGCAGCAAAGUACAACAUGCCGAGUACACCAACAACCCUUGCAUGUACAAGAGAGACUGGCUUACAGGCCCGCUGGGAAGACAUCUUGAGUGGGACGAUUACAACACCAUGGAGCGGAGGGUUGCGUCGUGGUGGUCACGGCAGGAUUUCUCUGUCGCUCAAGGGGAUGGCCUCUUCCUGCAUGAGAGAGUCGACGGGAUGCGCAUCGGGCAGCUCUGGAAUCCACUCGAGUGGUUGAAGUUCCCGUAUUCCGCCCUGGGAUCGCCCUGUUUGGUAGGUUUGGUUGCUGGGAGGAGGUUCUUCCGACACGUACACCUCGUCUUCUUGAGUGGAGGAGCUGCUGCUGAGGGGCAGGGGGAGGGGCAGGGAAGGGGAGAGGAGGAGGAGGCGAUGGCAUGGAGGGCGUUUGCUGGGUCAAAAAAUUUCACAUUCACACGUCUGAGCCCGCGGGAGGAAUUUGAAAGUUUCCUCGCGGUCACGGACAGUUGCGACGUGAUUCAUCUAUGGAGCGACUCGCCGCUGUGGGUGCGAUGGUUGGAGGGAGUCAGAGGUGCUGAGGUUGUAGACAAGGAGAUUCUCGGCUUCUUCUCGACUUCAGUCGUCUUGAGCCUUCCGUUCCCGAGGCCCGGCGACCCUCCUGAGGCUCAGUCGCAGGCACGCGCUAUAGGAAAGCUGUAUGCUGUCUUUGUUUGCCUGCCCCAGGGAGAGGAGGAGCGGAGGAGAGAGGCGGCGGGGCUGCUGGGAGCUGUGGAGGGAGGAUGCGACGAUGGCUACUCACGCGUGCUGGAGGAGGCGGCCAAGAUGAGGAGGAGGAAGCUGAGGUAA